AUGUAUGUAACUGAAUUGCUCUGGACCCCAAACUUUUUAAGAGGCCAACAUUCCCGAACAAUUGAAGGUCCUGAUGAAUUAGGAGGUGCAACAUCAGAAGAAGAUUCAGCUAAAUUGCAGACAUCACCAAAUUCCAUCAGUCUGGUGAUGGAUUCAACAAUUCUCCAAGAUUCUUAUGAUUGCGGAUGGGAUGAUCCGACUGUCGAUGGAGCUGCUCCCAUUCACGAGUUUUCCACACCCGAUCCAUAUGAUUGCAGAUGUGAGGAUGGCACCACAGCGCCAGAAGAAGCUGCGAAGCCUGGAGAAGGAAAUGCAACAUCCAAAGAACAUACGCCAAAUUCACAGACAUCACCGCAUCCCAUGGAUCCGGUUCCGGAUUCCACAACUCUCAUUGAUGAUCCCUAUGAUUGCGGAUGGGAUGGUUCUAUUGCACCCUCAAAUCAGUUAUCGAUGCCUGAUCCUUAUGAUUGUGGAUGGGAGGACGAAACUGCAGCUCCAAAUGAAGUCAUAAUGCCGGGAGAAAACUGGGCUGAAUUCUCAAAUUCAAUGAGAAAUGAAGUUUUGCAGGAACCUAUACCUGCAGAUGAUUUAUACGAGUCCGAAUGGGAUGAUCCGAUGGUGAACAGGGCGGUAUCGCCAAAUAAGUCUGCUGCUGCAGACCCUUAUGAUUAUGGAUGGGAGGAUACCAUGGAUACCAAAGCCUCACCAAUGAAUAUCUCAUCAGAAGAAAGAUUGAAUCCAAGCCAGGAUGAAGGUAUAAAUCAACCUUCCUGCCAGGAAGGCCAUGAUUCAACAGAUGAUAUGGCUCAAUUGUCGCACUCUAUUGACAAGGUUAGUCAACUGAGACAGGCAGAAAAUCAUUCAUACGAGUGUGGGUGGGAUGAUCUGGUUGUCCAUGAGACAGCUCUCUCAAAGUUGUUGAUGGCUGAUCCUCACGACUGCGGAUGGGAGGAUGAUGCUGUGUUGCCAGAAAAAACCACAACACCGGGAGAUAGCACUGAUUAUACAUAUGGAUGCGGGCGGCAGGACUUUGCGAUGACCACAACUGCCGAGAUAUUUCAGGAUCCUUCCGAUGAACAUGGGGACUAUCGUGCAAAUCAGCAUAUUAUUCCCACCGAUUGGUCUAGGUCAGAUUCACUAAAUUCAUUCAAAGUGGAUGACAUUGAUAUGGAAAACACACUUCCGGACAUUGAAAAGGACAGCACUGAGGAUCUUUAUGAUUGUGGGUGGGAUGAUCUGAUGGAUAACAUAACAAUCAAGGAGCCACCAGAAGUGUCUGAGAUGAGAGAGGAAAUUGAUGUCAUUGACCUGACAUUGCCAGAGGGGAGAGAAGUUAUAGACCUUACAUCUUCACCUGCCACCUCAAGGUGGUCCUUUUCACCAGCCGAUCCCAAUGCAUUUGAGGAGGCCAAAGAGUCCAUGCAUCAAGCUAUCCAACGACUAAAUAGCAUAGGACAUAAUGACUGUGAGUAUGUUGAUCUUGCAGCUCCAUCACGCCUGACCUACACGUGA